GUAAGUUUAAUCCGGGAGGGAUGGGAGUCUGAAUGAGAGGUUGCCCUCUGAUUGACACACAGAUCUGCUGAGUAUUCACACAACCAGGACAGCUGUUGCUGGGAACUUAUUGUAAAGGAACAGAAUUUUACCUCCUGGAAUAGUUCAUAUCCUCCUGCCUCUGUCUCUUUGUGCUGAUGUCUCCAGUCUCAGAUCUUUGCAGCGCGAGGUGUUAUCUGUAGCACUGAGCUCCAGAUUAAAAGGAAAUUGCAGGACGACUAAAUCUGCCUGUCAGCCUCUGAUUCCUACAGAAAGCGUAAGUGAUACAGACGGAUGAGUCGAGGAUAAGCCAGUCGGGACUGCAAAGGAAGAUUCAUUAAACUGCUUCACUCUUCAUGGGACGCUGUACUUAUUUUUUGGAGAGUGCAUCUUCGUCUGUUUUUGUGUCUGUGCCGGGACCGGGACGGUGUUCAUGUGCCUGCAGUCUACAGCGGCCGGGUGUUGUUUUCUGAAGAAGACAGAGCACACAGGCUGAGGCAGUGUUGAAGCAGGACACAACUCUCCUCGCUCCUCUCCUUUUCUCUUUUCUCUGCAGACAUAACUGCCCACCCUGACACUGACAGCUGGGGGUGUUGGUGUGCUCUGUGCACAGAUAGCUUGACCUGACCAAGAGACUGUCCAGACGUCUUGUCGAGGCAUCUUGUCGUACAGACUGACCCACCACAAGCUCUAACCAGAGCACCUUAAGCAAUUCCAGGUGGCUCCCAGUCCCAGCCAGGAUGCAGGUGUCGUUAGUGUGUACGGAUCACAAUCGUGGAGGGGUGAGCCGCAGUACAGAGGAACGGCUCAACCACCGCCAGAAUGCCAACAGCCCCAACACAGGCACCCGCAGCAAGUUCAGGGCUGUGGCCAUGGUGGCCCGUAGCCUUGGACAGGUCACUGUCCAGAGCCAGCCCACGUCCAGCGACCAGAGCAUACGCACCGGCAUGAAGUAUAGAAACCUUGGGAAGUCUGGCCUGAGGGUGUCCUGCCUUGGACUAGGAACAUGGGUGACGUUCGGAGGGCAGAUAACGGAUGAGAUGGCAGAGCAGCUGUUGUGUCUGGCCUACGAGAACGGCAUCAAUCUGUUUGACACAGCAGAGGUCUACGCUGCAGGGAAGGCUGAGGUUGUGCUGGGGAACGUCAUAAAGAAGAAAGGAUGGAGACGUUCCAGUCUGGUGAUCACAACAAAGAUCUUCUGGGGUGGAAAAGCAGAGACUGAAAGAGGGUUGUCCCGAAAACACAUUAUAGAAGGUUUAAAGGCCUCACUGGAGAGACUGCAGCUAGAGUAUGUGGACGUGGUGUUUGCAAACAGACCGGACCCCAACACUCCCAUGGAAGAGACGGUGCGGGCGAUGACCCACGUGAUCAACCAGGGCAUGGCCAUGUACUGGGGCACAUCCCGCUGGAGCCCCAUGGAGAUCAUGGAGGCGUACUCUGUGGCACGGCAGUUCAACCAGAUCCCUCCCAUCUGUGAGCAGGCAGAGUAUCACAUGUUCCAGAGGGAGAAGGUGGAGGUGCAGCUGCCAGAGCUCUUCCAUAAGAUAGGUGUGGGGGCGAUGACAUGGUCACCGCUGGCCUGUGGGAUCAUCUCAGGGAAAUACGACAGUGGGGUACCACCUUACUCCCGCGCCUCUCUUAAGGGCUACCAGUGGUUGAAGGACAAGAUCUUGAGCGAAGAGGGCCGGCGUCAGCAGGCGAAGUUGAAAGAGCUGCAGGCAAUCGCAGAGCGGCUGGGCUGCACUCUGCCCCAGCUCGCCAUCGCGUGGUGCCUACGAAACGAAGGGGUGAGCUCCGUCUUAUUGGGGGCGUCCAGCACCGACCAGCUGAUGGAGAAUAUAGGAGCAAUACAGGUUCUUCCCAAACUGUCCUCCUCCAUCACACACGAGGUAGAUAGCAUCCUGGGGAACAAGCCGUACAGUAAAAAGGACUACCGUUCCUAACGCUUCGUCACCGCGCCAGUCAGCCAGGGCUGCUCCAGGACUGUUCCAGGGCUGCUCCAGGGCUGCUCCAGGACUGCUCCAGGGCUGCUCCAGGGCUGCUCCAGGACUGCUCCAGGACUGCUCCAGGGCUGCUCCAGGGCUGCUCCAGGACUGCAGCGCAGGUCCAUGCCCCACCUUUGCCUGAUCCUCUGUUUGCUUGAGCUUUACUGAAUGAGACCCCGGCGCAUGAGUCUGGCCCCACCUUGGCCACCCUGGGGAGCAUCAUUUAGACUUACAGGGAAAAGAAAAGGAUGAUAAAUAGAUACGUGACCUCCGCAAUGGAAGGAAGGAUAGGUAGAAAAAAUACAGAGAACGGGGUUAACUAGAUGAAUCCGUUAUACAUACAAUUCAGCCGAAGCUGCAGUUUAAAAACAGAAGAAAAUAUUAUUUCUAAAAAAUAAAAUAAAAAGCACACGCUUGCUUGGCAGACAGAUAUAAUUGUAUUUUUGGUGGAAUAAAAUGUAAAUACUGAAUGCUUACAAAUGGAAUUUAAGUUUAUACAAAUAUACAACAAAUACUCUGUUGCACAUGUAUAGCAACACAUUUGUUUUUGGGAGUUCUGUUUCCAAUUGCCUGUACAUGUCCAUAACAGUUUCUCUUAAACAUCUGGUUUAUUUGUGUGGUCUACAUAAUCUGUGUACUAGCCUCCUUGCAGGCAGAACAAUCAGCACUUUAGUAUUGUACAGUUCAGUCAUUGAGAGGUUGUUGAACAUUGUGAGAGGAUGAAAUAAUUAAACCGUCUCACACAUGGUCAGUCAUUUCAGUGUAGAAUCAGAAUCUCCUCUCCUGUUUCAGUUUCCUAUCUGUUCCCCUCAGUCAAUCUGGUCUCCACAGUGCUGGUUCUGCCAGGCAGACUAACCCCUAAUCUGAGUCCCACCUCUGAGCUGCACUAACUGCACCAGCCAGGUGGAGCAGGGUGUAGGACUGCCCCCUAGUGGAAGGAUUUAGCUCUGCUCUGAGCUCUGCUUCUCUCGUGCGCCAGGUCUGUCAUCUGUCAAUAAGAACCUUGAGCAGGCUAGUUGAUUGCCAUAGAAAGGGUUCAUUACUGGCAAUGUAAAAUGAUGGCUGUAUCUGUAUUUACCUUUGUGUGGCAGUGUUACUUUCUGAAGUUUUACUGUAACUGCAUCAGACGUAAUGGUCUUAAUUGUGCUACUCAGUCAGUUUUACAGACCUCUUUAUUAGUCAUUUUAGAGCAAAUUCUCAUGAAAAUGGCACAUUACCUAAAUUGUGCUCAAUGUGUGUGUGUGUGUUGCCUUAUUUAGGCUCAUUUUGAGCUGUGCUGGGCUGAGACAGCAGGCCCAUAGCUGCCAUUGGCCAUCAGGGCACAGACUGGCCUUGAGCCCCGUUUAUGCCUCGUUCGGAUAUAAAUCCUUUGUCCUGAUCUUGUCCACAUUCUGAUUGUGCCUACAUUUUCAGACCGGUGUAGAUGACUAAAAUACGCAUUGUGAUCUCCCUGAUCUACUCCGGAAGUAGUGAGGCACGCAUUGUGUCUGGAUAUCUUACAAGACAGAUCUGGAAAGAGAAACCAUUUAAAUUAUCAUUAUUCUGCUUUUUAACAUCAUUGACUGGUGACAUUGACCUACGGCAUCAAUAUGUGUUUUAAAAUGAAUACAUAUUAUUUUGAAAGAAUAACUGUCAAAUCAUUUGCAUGCAGGGGAGGGACCAGGAAAUCUGCAGACACAGUAGACGGAUAAGAGACACAUUUUAAUACCAUGUUUAGAUCUAUUUCAGAAAAUGUGGACACAAUCAGAUCAUGGACAAGAUCAGCACAACGGGCGCAAGUUAUGAACAAGGCUUGAAACAGUAGUCCCUGCUAUAUGGAAAGACUCAUUGGUUUUAGUGGCAGCUGUUCCUGCCCAAUCAGAGUGAAGACUGUCGUGUGACAUAUGCGUGCGAGGCUUGCUAGGAAGAAAGGGCUGGUUUGUGUCAGCAGCUCAGGGAUUUGGAACAGGGAAUGUGUGUACUUGUUUGUAUACCUGGUUAGUAAGAUGUAUUUAAUGUGUACGUCUUUCUUUCACGUGUGGAUGGGGACCUGUCCAAUCAAGACAUUUUCACGUGGCUUGAGCCAAAGAUAUUCCAACAUCUUUCAGCGACACAUCUAAGUGUCUUGUCGCUUGUUGGAAGAGUAUAGCGACCGACUUAAAAUGCGUACUAUCUAGCUUAUUAUCUAUGGACUCUCUUCAUGUGUACAGCAUAAUCACUUGACCAUGCUGUUCUAUGCUUAUACCCACAUAUACAGUACACAUGCAUUGUACACUACUUAUUUUCAAUAAUCGUAUACAUUGCACACUGAAGACAUCUGACGCUGCCCUGGAUCAGUAUUCACUCUCUAGCUGUUGGGUCCUCUUACUGUGAGACAAAGUGGAGAGCUUGUGAUGCAUAUAUCCUCCAGCAUGAGCCUUCGUCCCCCAGCCUAUGGGGAUUAUUCUGACAAACAAGGGCAUGCUUACAAGUGGAAAUAUAAGGAAUACUCGCUACCAUCUCAUUCUCAGAUUCAAUGAUUACAGUUGUAUAGUACUUUAGUGUUAUUGAGUAUGACAAAAUGUAAUGGUGGGUGAGGUUUGGAUGCUUCUCAGGCAAAGUGAAGAGGUGUGUAUGCUUUGCUAGACCCUCUGGUCGGACAACAAAUGCUCAAAUGCUCCUUUUGUUUUUAGCAUCUAUGAGUUAAAUAUAAACUGUGCACAUUUGAUUUACUGUGUCUGGCAAUGUAUGCCUGAGUGAAUUAGUAGAAAAGGCCAAUGUGGUUUUCUCAAAAAAAAUAGAACUCUGUUUAAUAUUUGUUCAUGAUUUUCUGUCUUAUUGUCUUCAGCAGGGAAAUUACUGAAAAAUAUUCAGCACAAAUGUUUAAUAAAUAAAAUAGCUCAAAGGCAUUGCCACAACGAUGAGUGUUUUCCAUGGACGUAUUUUGGUGGUCUUUGUCACAAUAUCAAUUGAAUUUGACAUGUACAUGCACAGAGCUGUGCACUGAUUUGCCUGGUGAUAAUUGUGGUGUUGAGUGCACCUCUAGGCUGCCCUGUAGAGGUUGAUGAGAACCACAGAGCUCAUCAAUUUUCUGGCUUGCUCCUUACUGGCAUAUUGGGCUAGGAAAGCAGUAUGAGUACUAGUAAAGCACUAUGGAUUUUUAUUGCAGAAUUUGAUCUGAAUAUAGUAGUGUGUUUGACUGUAAACAGCAUUGAUACACCACACAUGAUGAACUACUGUCCGUAUAGGUUUGCUGCAUUGUGUCCACAGUAGAACUGGCAUUCCUUGGGCUGCUCCUACCAUCUCCUGGUCCAUUCAAGCCUUUCCAGGAGUACCUGCUUGUCACCCUUGGUGGUCUAGGAUCUGUGUGUGUGUGUCAGGCUGUUUAGUGAGUAGACUCAUCAUUGCAGGGUUAGGGUCUCUGUGUGUGUGUGUGUAAGUCAGGCUGUUUAGUGAGUAGACUCAUCAUUGCAGGGUUAGGGUCUCUGUGUUCCAGUGUGUUUUGAUCCCCUGUCCAGUGCCCCCUCCACACAGCCACUGUAACAUAUUAUAGUAUUGAUGUUACUAUCAGCUCCGACCGCGAUGACAUCAGACCUGCAGAUUAAUGACGCUCAUCUCACAGAAUGCUGUAUGGUAGAGAUCAUUUGUUUAUGUUCUGGCCUUUCUUUCACCGUGCUGCAUUUUCCUCUGUUAAUAUUGCAUCAAUGUAAAGACUGACAAAAAAUAAGCCAUUUAUUUGUAUUGCGUAUGCAUUGUCUUAUCUCUUGUAUGUACAUAGUUUGACCUUUUUGUAUAUAGUUAUGGUUGUGAUCACCUCUGCCUUUUCAUUCUUUUUUUCUUUUCAUUUGCGGGCAUUGCUAACUGCACUGUGCUUGAAUCUGAAUUUAGACAAAAUGUACAGGUUCGGUCUUUAAUAAAAUGACAAUGAAAAAAAUAUGAAUUUGAAAAACAACA